AACACUAAUUGGCAAACGAACUAUGACAGCAGCUGUCAAAAUUACAUUGAAGAAAUUUUUUUGUUCGGUCGGUCUCCCCCUGUAGAAAAUUUGUUUUCCUCUUGUUUUAUUUGAACAGAAAAAAGACCAUUUAAUUUGCAAAGAUCAAUAAACGAAAAUUAACAGUCCCUCCAAAAACAAUGUGAAAUUCAUGCCAGACUUGAAUGAAAUAAGUGAAGGAAAAUAGAAAAAAACAGCAUCCCAUAUUUUGCAAACUGCUAGCCACUCUUCGUCGGUUUGUUUGAAAGAUUGAAUGAAAGACUUGGAAGGUAGUAAGAAGGUGUCAUUGGUUGGUUUAAUGAUCCUUGAUUUAAGUAUCGACAAAAAGGAUUUAAUACAACAGCAAGAAUAUCAACAAAAUUACCUUAACAAUAAUAAGGAGUUAUAGAGGACGAGUCAUUGCUACUACCCUUUGACAUGAACCUUUGUUGCUUCUCCUCACCAUCGAAAGCAAGAAAAGAAGUAGUAGUAGCCCGUAUCGUUGUUUGCCUUUCAAAUUUUAUGUAACAGAAUUAAGCAAACAAAACAUUAUAUGCCAUAAAAAUAAUAAGAAGUGAAUAUAUUAUUAAAAUAGCACUGGGCCAUUUAUGGGAGGCAAAACAUCUGCCCGUCUGUAACAGCUGUUAAUUGUGUGAAAAUGAAUGAAUGAAUGACUACAAUAUAAUAACCCCCAUAUCAACCCACCAACCAAAAUAAUCCAAAAUUGUUUAACUGCAAGAAAUCUGCAUGUGAAUUACUUUUACAAAAACAAACUGGUGCUAUAUUAUUGUCUUGAGAUAAAAAAAGCAGCAAUAACAUGUCUACAACUAACUCCCCGGCCGUAUCAUCGGUAUCCAUGAUCGGCAGCGGUACCAUGGAGGGCACCCUCAGCAAAUGGACAAAUGUCAUGAAGGGAUGGCAGUAUCGUUUCUUUGUGUUGGAUGAAAAUGCCGGUCUCUUAUCAUAUUAUACGUCAAAAGAAAAAAUGAUGAAGGGUGUACGCCGUGGAUGUGUACGCCUGAAAGAUGCCGUCAUUGGCAUUGACGACCAGGAGGAUAACACAUUUACCAUUACUGUGGAUCACAAAACCUUUCAUUUUCAGGCCCAACAUACUGAGGAACGCGAAAAAUGGGUACGACGUCUAGAGGAUACAAUACAACGUCAUGCGAAUCGCAAUCGCAUGUGGGACAAUCAAAGUGCAUUUUAUCUCGGUGGCUAUAACAAAGACUUGACAAAUAAACGGGCAAACUAUUUGGAAAUAUUCGGACGACGGGUCUCCGAAGCUGAUGCCUAUCUGCAAUUGAUGAUUGAACAAACAAAUACAAUUGAAAGACGUAUUAAUGAAAUCUCCGAUCCCGAUGAAAAGGCCAAAUGUAAAGUUUUACAGGAUAAUGCAAGUGCCAUGUUGGAUCACAUCAAACACUCUAUUGUCAGCCUACAAAUUGCCAAAAACAUGGCCCAUCCUGUCAAUGGUAUCUACAAUGGACCUACAAGUGUAUCGCCACAAACAAAUCUCAAGACUCCAGCCACCACAACACCCACAUCGAUGGCAAGCAUUAAUAUAAUGAAAACGACGAUGGGAGGCGAAGAAGAAGAUGAUUCGGUGACCGAUAACUUGACAACCGCUCCACUGGCCAUGGUUGUUGUGCCGGAGACAUCCUAUUCAAGUAGUGAAGGUGAAGAAGAUUUCUAUGAUGCGAAUGAUGACCCAUUCACAAGCAUCGUCAGUUCACCGGUUGGAUGUGCUACUCGAGGAUUUUCUGUGGAUACCUCACCACCGGCAAAUGAAAAACCACCCGAAAUAAAUUUCUCUGCUACAGCAACGGCAACAACAGUGUCAGCAUCAGCAAAUGUUCCCACAUCGUCAUCACCUUCAGUGCCUGAACAAGAUGAAUAUCAAACAGCAUCCAGUACGGUUAGUGAUUUUGGCAAUGGUAAUGAUGGAAGCGGUGGCGGAGGCGGCGUUGGUGCGACAAACAGUGGUCGAGGGAGCUACAGCGGCGAUGGCAGUGUAGUUGGUGGUGUGGCCAGUAAAAGUUCAUCACUCCGUGAUUCCAUAGACUAUGAUGCCCUCUACGAGGAGGAGGAGGAUUCCACCAUUAGCAUGGAGGCGCACGGUUCAAUGAUUUCACAUUUACUAUCACAAGUUAAAAUAGGUAUGGAUCUAACGAAGGUGGUGCUGCCAACAUUUAUAUUGGAAAGACGUUCUCUGCUGGAAAUGUAUGCCGAUUAUUUUGCCCAUCCGGAUUUAUUUGUAAGAAUUGCCGAUUUAGAUAAUCCACGUGACCGCAUUGUACAGGUAUGCCGCUGGUAUUUGAGUGCUUAUCAUGCUGGACGUAAAAGUGCUGUGGCCAAAAAACCCUACAAUCCAAUAUUAGGUGAAAUUUUUCAAUGUUAUUGGGAUAUUCCUGGUGAAACACCCGAUGAAGAUAAAGUCAGCGAUGGCCCGGUGCCCUGGUGUCGUAAAAAUCAAUUAACCUUCUUGGCCGAACAGGUUUCACAUCAUCCGCCAAUUUCCGCAUUCUAUGCCGAACACUAUAACAAGAAGAUCACAUUCUCUGCCCAUGUAUGGACAAAGUCGAAAUUUUUGGGUCUAUCCGUUGGCGUGCACAACAUUGGUGAAGGUGUUGUAACACUGGUCGAUUAUGGUGAAGAAUAUAUUGUCACAUUUCCCAAUGGUUAUGGAAGAUCCAUAUUAACAGUACCCUGGAUAGAAUUGGGCGGUUCUGUAGAAAUUAAGUGUCCACAAACCGGCUACUAUGCCAAUGUUGAGUUUUUAACGAAGCCCUUUUAUGGUGGUAAACGUAACAAAGUUACAGCAGAGAUCUACUCCCCGAAUGAAAAGAAACCAUUCAUUUCAAUAGCCGGUGAAUGGAGUGGUUUAAUGGAAGCCAAAUGGCAUGAUACAAAUAAAACUGAAGUGUUUGUAGAUGUAAAUCGUAUACCAAUAUUUAAGAAACAAGUUCGACCAAUCGUUGAACAAGAAGAAUAUGAAUCACGACGAGUAUGGAAGGAAGUGACCGCUGGACUCAAAUUCAAUGACAUUGAAAAGGCAACAAAUGCCAAAUGUAAAGUCGAACAAAUACAACGAGAUGCAGCUAAGGCUAGAAAGGAUUCAGAAAUAUCCUGGGAUCAUAAGUAUUUCAAGCCAGUGGGUGAAAAUUGGAUAUAUACCAAGCCGCUAAGUCAACGUCUCUACCUAAAAGAAAAGGAAGAUCAAAGAUAAUAAAGCUUGAACAGUAUUGUAACGAUUCAAACCAAACGCGCAAUGAAUAUAUGUAUGGAUAACAUGCCACAUUUCCUAGCCUCGUCCACCAACCCAGUGUUUAUUCAUUAAGAAGAAAAACAACAGAAAAAAAAACGAAAAUCAAGAAACAAAGCCUACAUUAUCGCUCCCAACACCUUCUUGUUUCUUUUUCAUAUCACUUAUUAAACAAACAACAAAAGAGUCGCCAAACAGAACACCAGAUAAUGUAAAAAAAAAAAAUUAAGAACUCAAGAAGUCUUCAAACACACCUACGAACACAUAAUCUACUACAAAUUUUAUGUAUUAAAGCCUACAAACACAACAACAACAAAAGACAUGUCAUCAUUAUUAUUAUUAGAGAACAAACAACACACACACAACAUACAUUUGAAUUAUUGUUAAAUAAUAUAUAUACAAGAACAACAAAAUACUACAAAAUAAAACGAAAGCAACAAAUACACCAACAAUAUGAAUAUAUAUAAAUUUAAGAAAACAAACAACUACAAUAACAGGAUAGCCCUUUUGAUUUUUAAGAAGGGCAAACAAGGAUAAUAUCGACUACCCACAUCAACCGCAAAUUAAAAACAAAAAAAAACAAAGACCCCUCAAGAUUAUUAUUGUUAAAUUAAAAUCAACACAACAAGAGCAACAACAUUUUAGUUUUAGCAUAAGCAAAAGAAAACACUGCAACCACAACACACAUUAUUAAAUAACAUUAUUGAAUGCAAAAAACACUUAAAAUUUAUAUAUAUUAAUAACUAAAACAAAAAAAAAAAACACUCAGCAAUUAAAAGUAAAAGGCAAAUCACUAGCAAACAAACACCGUGUGAGAGUGGCAGCAUUUUAUGGAAUUUCGUUAUUGAAAUGAAAUUAUUACUCAUGCAAUUCUUUCUAUUCUUCAAAAAUAGUUAACGGUUUAAAUUCAGUUAAAUUAUGACCCUUUAAAGGACAUCAACACAAUUCACGCCUGAGCUAAACCUUGUAACAACUCUCGAAUUGUUUUAAAACCCUUUGCAAAACGCGUUUGACGAAUUUUUGUUAUAUAUUUGAAUCUUUUUCAUAGUCAAGAGAUUGACAAUUGACAUGUUCGGUGUAAAUAAGGCUUCAACUAUAAAUAUUAAAAUUCAAUAAUGGGACAUUUAAUAUAAAAAUUAACUUAAAAAAUGUGGGUACAUCUCAACCGAAAAUCUCUCCUAAUGCCACUACAAGCUAAAACAUGUCACUUUGUUAAAAAAAAAAACUCUAAGAUCUCCAAAGAUGCCCAGACACCAUUUCAUGGUAGAAUACUGGUGGAUGUAUCAAUACAUUUUUAAGUAAAAAUAUAAGUAAAAACAUUUUUAUGAUAUGCAUUUUUUUAAAGUUUUACAAAUUUAAAUCAAAUUUCAAUUCAAAAAUUGGUCUGAUAGUCCCAUGGUGGAAGAAUAUAGGUAGAUGCAUCGACACUGCUGCUAGGACAAUGAACUGCCAAACCAAGUUUGGAAUUGAAAAUGUUAAUUAAAACAUUUUUUAAAUUUGUAAAAAUUGUUGAAACCCGAAUUAUAAUAACAUCCGACUGACGUCGUGUAAGAAAACAUAUUAAAAUCUACUUAUUUUUGAAAGAACAUUUAACAUUUGUCUACGUAUCAAUGCGCUGAUGCAUCAACCUGUAUUCUUCUACCAUGGACAGUUCGUUGCCCAGUAGCUGUUUCGAUGCGACUGUCUGCAUCAUUUACUUUUUUAACAUGCAUCAUUUACACAAAAAAAUCAAUUUAAAACUCAGUGGCUAUCAAAAUAUUUACUGUGAAAGGACCUUGAGUCUUAUAUACACAGGAUAAAUCUGGUAGAUUUUAUUAUGUAUACGCCAAAUCUUAAAUCCAGUGGAUUUAAUUCGAUGUAUACGCAAUAUAAUUGACAGUUGAGCUAAGUGUAAACGUACUUUUAAUAUAAUAACUUAUUUUAUAUUUCUUUCAAGGUAGAAGAAUAUAGGUAGGCGCAUUGACUCAGCUGCUGGGACAAUUAACUGUCAAACCAAUUUUGGAAUUGAAAAUGUUGAAUGAAAAAUUAUUUAAAUUUGUAAAAAUUGUUGAAAAGUGCUUAUUAUAAUAACCUCCGAAUGACGUCGUAUAAGAAAACAUAUAAAAACCUAUUUAUUUUUGAAAAAACUUUUAAAAAUUUUUGACAUAUCAAUGUUUCCAAGCGUUGAUGCAUCUACCUGUAUUUUUCUACCAUGAUUUCUUUGUUGACUAAUACCAAGUUCAUAUGGGGCGCAAUUCGUCUAUGUCCCUUGUACGAAUACCUACUAAAAAUAUACUUGUCUUAGAGUUUUUUAUUCUGUCAUGUUAAUUUUUUGACGAUUUAUAUCAUGGUAGAAAAAUACAGGCACAGCUGCUAUGACAAUGAACUGUCACUCCAUUUUUGAAAUUUGUAAAGAUGUUGGAAAAUGCAAGGCUAUACGUAAACACAUUUCAGCUGAGCAUCUAAACACAUAACCCACUGGAUCUAAUAAACCAGGUGGGUUAAUCUUCAAUAUAUAAAUGCCUAUUUAAAUACUUCUUAACUAAACACAGUAUUGUCCUCCAACAUUACCAUAAAAUGCUCCACUCUCUUCGAUAAAAAAAGAUCACACAAAACUGUCAAAUGUUUACACACAAAUUAACAAAAAAUAAAACACCAUAAAUGAAACACACAACAAAAAAAAUGCCAUAUAAAAUAUUUAAAAGCGCUAUUUUCUAUUUUGUUAACACUGACUAAUUUAAAUUCCCUUCCUCCCACAAACGCCACCACCACCAACAACACAUUCCUAGAACUCCUAGAACCCCCCAAAAGAAACGAUCCUACUAUCUUUCUAAUUAAGUCAACAAUUUACAAUAAUAUUAAAAUACAAUAUAAAGUCUAACUAACAAACGAGAUAACAUACAUAAUAACAACUCUUUUUUCGGAAAGAAAUGAUACUUUAAAAAAGAAUAACAACAAAACAAAGCUAUUUUUUCAUAGAAAUUUAAAAAAGAAGAAAAAAAACAAACAAAUCUACAUUUAAAUAAAUGUUAGCAUAGUCCUCCUAUUGAAAUUUAAACGAACGAAAAAUAAAAAUUUAAACAAAAUGAAUAUAAAA